AUGAACAAUGAAGUUCCAAAGGUAUGGAAUAAAGUUGGAUAUUUGUCAUUAAAAGAUGUGGCAUCAUGGAUUAGAGACUUAAAAGAAAGAGUUAAGUUCAUGUCAGAAUGGCUUGUUACAGGAGGACCUAAUUGUUUCUGGAUAUCAGGGUUCUUUUAUCCAUAAGGAUUUUUAACUGGUGUUCUCUAAACACAUGCUCGUAAGACAACCAUAGCUAUUGACAACCUUGUUUUCUCAUUUAAAGUAUAAGAAUUUGAGAAGGAAUAAUGUUCAAUCAAACCAGUUGAUGGUGUAUUUAUAUAUGGUCUAUUCUUGGAAGGAGCUCAAUGGAAGAAGAAAUGUCUGGCUGAUCUUAACUUUGGUCAAAUGAAUAUGUUGAUGCCAGUUAUCCACUUCUUACCUUUACAAUAGGACAAAUAUUAAUCGAGAUCUGAUAAUUAUAGUUGUCCUGUUUACAAAACAUAAACUAGAGCUGGUGUGUUAUCCACUACAGGACAAAGUACAAAUUACGUUUUGGCUGUGGAUUUACCAACUUUAGAUUAACCUCCUGAUUAUUGGACAUUAAGAGGAACAGCACUUAUUUGUGCACUUAAAGAAUGA